GAGGUGAGCCUCAGAGCAAGGAGCCUUCGUCCCGUUAUAGAGUAGUAGAGUAUAUACGCGGCAGGUCAACGAGCAACAGCAAGAGGAAUGGCUUCCUCCAUGAUGGUGUCCUCCGCCGCCACCGUGUCCCGGGCUUCCCCGGCUCAAUCCAGCAUGGUGGCGCCCUUCACCGGUCUCAAGUCCACCUCGGCCUUCCGGGUCACCAGGAAGGCCAACGCCGACCUCUCCCACCUCCCCAGCAACGGUGGCAGAGUCCAGUGCAUGAAGGUGUGGCCGAUCGAGGGCAAGAAGAAGUUCGAGACCCUCUCCUACCUUCCUACACUGGUGGACGAGGCGUUGGUGAAGCAGAUCGAGUACCUUCUCCGCUCCAAAUGGAUUCCCUGCUUAGAAUUCAGCCAUGAGGGGUUCGUGGGGCGUGAGAACCACCGGUCGCCGGGGUACUACGACGGGCGGUACUGGACGAUGUGGAAGCUGCCCAUGUUCGGGUGCACCGACGCGGUGCAGGUGGUGAAGGAGGUGGAGGAGUGCAAGAAGGAGUACCCCAAGGCCUUCAUCCGCAUCAUCGGCUUCGACAACAACCGCCAAGUGCAGUGUAUCAGUUUCAUCGCCUUCAAGCCCCCCGGCUACUAACUACUCUGUUCCUUCGAAUUCCUUCUUUUGGCUCAUCCUUCUCUUUGCAUCGUCUGCUGUGUUCCAGCAGACUCUCAUGUACUACGGUCGUCGUUGUUUUGUUUGGUGAACAACUCCUUAUCGUCUUAAACUA